AUGUCAGUCAGAAAGCCAAGACGGACAAAUGGGCAUGUUUUCAAGCGCAGGAAGCUGAGCCACGAUUCUAGCGAUGAACGGGAAUCAUCUGUAGAGUCUGCUGCUUCCUUAGACAAUGUGGAAGAUGGAGAUCCCAGCAACGAUGAGGGAGCCGCAGUCACAAGCAACCAUGCGGACAAGACCUCCCAGAUUGCUGUAGACUUACCAGUACAGUUACGGCACUCGAGGAUAUCACGAGUCGCACAAGGCUCAACGACGUCGCCUGGAGAUUUACAGAUGCAGGUGUCGAACCUGCUGAACGAUGUCAGGCUUGAUCAUGAUAGUGUAACGAAGCAAAUGAGACCGACCACCAACAUGCUUGUUGAAGUUCUGAAAGAGGUGCCCUCGCAGCAACCAAUGUCAUUAGCACAGGCUCAAAGUUUUUCUCAGAAGAAUCUGCGCAUCACAAUACCAUGGUUUCAAAGACCUGCUACUGACGUCAAGUAUACCUUUUCGUUUGUUGCGCCGACGAGAGUCACUCUUGCAGGCUCUUUAGCACAAAGAUUGUCAACGAAGAAGCAGCCCAGGAAGCUUGUUCUGAUGCCUGAGAUGCCAGCUGAGAUGUUUCACGAAAAGGAUUAUCUAAACUAUCGAGCUGUUCACAAGAGAGCUUUCUAUCUUGCUUGUAUAGCUUCGCAUAUUCAAAAAAAGACAGUCAUUCGUCUUACCGAAAACUCCAGCGAGCGACCAUUAAUUUUCGAAGUUUGUCCAGUCUUUCCUUCUACACUCGGCUUGAAGGAGAAGAUGACUCCAAUGCAUAACUGUUUGAGAAAGGAAGACUUAUCUAACGAUAUCGCAAAUACUACGCCUGCCUACAACAGCUGCGUCCGAUACCUAACUUCCACAAAGCCUUGGCAGGAGCUGGUGGAAAGUGUUAUUACAAAAGCCGAAAACUAUUGUGACGCCUGCUAUCUCGGGUCAGUCUGGUUGCAGCAAAGAGAUAUGUCGAGUGAUCAGGCUCAGGGUGGCUUCGGUCUGGAAGAAUGGGCCGUCCUAUGCGCUCUACUUCUCCAGAGUGGUGGUCACCAGGGCCGUCCUUUAUUUUCACCACGAUAUAGUGCUCUGCAGCUGUUCAAGGCGAUGUUGCAAGUCUUGGGUGGAAGAGACAUGUAUGAACCACUGCUUCUACGGGGUAAUGUCAACCUGAGGAAGUCGGAUUUGCCCAUUAUCUACGACGCCGACACUGGUGUCAAUAUCCUGUAUAAGAUGACGCCAUGGUCAUAUGAGCGCUUAAAGCACCAUGCAACAGUGUCUCUUGCCGCCGUCAAUUCGAAGAAGACUAACGGCUUUGAGGCAACCUUUGUGACUAAAGUGUCUGAGACGAGCCUGGAAUUCGAGCAAAGCUACACAAUUGACCUUACAGACUCUUCACAGAAAUCACACGAUACCCCCCAACGUAUACACAGCAUACUCAGAAAGGGAUUCAGCGAUAGAGUGAGGUUGCUUCACCUGCAAACUGAUUCGAAGCCUGGUUGGAAGAUCACCUCCUCAGCACCAUCGACAAGUCCUGCAAAAGUAGUCGUUGGACUUUUGAUCAACUCGGAAGCUGCCCUGCGCUUUGUGGAUCAUGGGCCCUCGGUCGAAGACAAGGAGGCAGCCGAAGACUUUCGACAAUUUUGGGGAGAAAAAGCCGAGCUUCGCAAAUUCAAGGACGGAAGCAUUAACGAAAGUUUAGUGUGGUCCAAAGAUUCUUGCGUGCUCGAGCAGAUCGUCAAGCAUCUGCUGCUAAGACACCUGAAGAUAGCGCCAACGAACAUCAAGAUUAGUCCCUAUGUCCAGAAGUUGCAGUUGAGCGAUGCUGUCCCUGCCGAUGAGGCAUUUACCGUCAUCAACACUAAGCUGCAAGCAUUGGUGUCAACUCUUCAUCACCUCGAUGGUUUACCACUACCAAUUCGGUCAGUCAAUGCUGCAAGCGAACUGGUGCGCUCAACUUCCUUGGCCCCGCCACUCGAACCUGGAUUUGCGCAGCCGGUUGACCUCGUCAUACAGUUUGACACUUCAGGUCGCUGGCCAGAUGAUCUUCGUGCAAUACAAUACACAAAAAUAGCUUUUCUAACCAAGAUUGGUGACCUGUUAACACAGCAUGAUCGUACUUGGGAAUGCCGCGUAGGUCUAGAGAACACAUCUUCAUCCAGCCUUGGAACGCACAAUAAUUGCUUUCUCGACAUCAAGCAACCAUCUCCGACACCUCAGCUUCCUCCCAUCAUCUUCCGUCUCCGUAUCUACCACGAGCGCGAACUCCAUCUCAUCCAGCAAGCCCUGUCCACCAAAGCCUUACUCAGCCAACCCCUCCGUGAUCCCUACCAAUCCGCCCUUCAAACCCAGAAGCAAACCCUCGCUCGCGUCAACCACACAACCGCAAUUCGCUCCUUCAGCACCACUUUCCCAACCCUCUCAGCCACGACUCGCCUCCUCAAACGCUUUCUCUCCGUCCAUCACUUAAUGCCACACAUCCCUGGCGAAGUUGCUGAGAUCAUAGCCUGCGACGUUUUCCUAAACCCAGCACCAUGGUCAACCCCAGGCACAAGCACCACCGCAUUCACACGAUGUCUUCACUUCCUCUCACGCUGGGACUGGAGCGCCGAACCACUGAUCAUCGACCUCAGUCCAGCACAGGACAUGACAUUGCAACAGCGACAAGAGCUCGAGACUCGCUUCAUGGCAUGGCGGAAGCUAGACCCGAACAUGAACUCUGUCGCUUGGUUCAUAGGAACGAACCUCGAUAACACCGGCGUCGUCUGGACGCAAGGCUUAGCCGGCCAGGACCCUAAACCGCCCAGAGUAGUAGCGGGUCGCUUGACAGCACUAGCAAGCGCGGCUCUCCAACUUAUGAAGAGCGCGGAUCAACGAGAAGACAAACUCAUGACACAGAGUGAUUGGGAUGACAUCUUCACCAGUUCCUCGGAAGAUUUUGAUUUCGUAAUACACCUGAAAGACUCUGUCGCCAAUGCUGCUCGAAGAUCUCAGAAAGCGAACAAAGAAGGCAAAUUCAAAAAUCUACAGCUCGCGAAUAUGGUGGAUGUUGAUACGACUGGUAUCGAUACUGCGACGUCGUAUCUUGAAGACCUACAGCACAGCUUUGGGAAUGUAGCUAUCUUCUUUCAUGGUGGGAAGUAUAGCGGAAGUACUGUGAUUGGCGGAUUGUGGAGGCCGCAUGUACGACCUGGAGUGGCGAGGGCGUUUAAGAUCAGAUUGGGCAUGAGUACUGUGCCGUAUGAGGCGGGAGAUGUGCAAGGAGAAGAUGAGGAAGGUAUAUGUACUGCGAAUACCGAGGGCAUGCUAGCUGAGAUGGGGAUGAUUGGGGAGGGUAUUGUGUCGAAGAUUACUCGGAAGCAGACGUCGUGA